AUGUCGGGACAUGCACUGCUACAGAGUGUGGUUGUUCUUUGGCUGGUGCAGACAGCGCACACGAGAGGUUUUGGUGCAGUUUCUGGAGUGAAUACACAGGGACCACAGAAUAAUGGAAGGUAUCCACAGAAUGGUGGAGCAAUGCCAUCAAAAGGAGUGGGUCAAGUGAUGGGUGCACAAAAUGGAUUUGGGGGAUAUCCAACUAAAGGUCUGGGUUAUGGAGCAGCCACUGGGAUUUCAAGCACAAAUGGAGCGAUAUAUAAUGGUUAUGGUCCUGCUGCUGGAACACAAGGUGGAGCGGCCAUGAAAGGAUAUGGAGCUGCAGGUGGUGUUUCUAAUGGACAAAGUGGCAAGCCACAGGGUUACAAUCCUCUCGCAGGCCUUAGACAGGGUGGACAAGCAAAUAAAGGAAAUGGUAACACUGCUUAUCAAGGAGCACAAAAUGGCUAUGGGAAAAAAAAUGGACAGAAAGCUAUAAGUGGCCCCGCUACUAAUGGGGCACGACUAAAUGGUCAAGCUGGAGCCAAACCAAUGAAGGGAUAUGGAAGGCCAUCAUAUGGCACUGGAAUGGGAACCUUAGGAGGAAUGGGACCAGCACAGGCGGGACAGCAGAGUUCAGGUACACAGAGGCACUCACUAAAUAAUUACUGA